GGGAAGCUGGAGGGUGGGCUCUUGGAAGAGAAGGAGGGCGCAGGGAAGACAAAAUGAGGGAGGCUUCCCGUUAGCUGCAGGAGCGCCGCCGCCGCUGCUCCAUCCCACGUGAAGAGUCGGGAAAGGCCAAGAAGCAACCGCAAGCAGCCGGUCCUUCUCUCUCUCUCUCUCUCUCUCUCUCUCCUCUUCCUCGACUCUGGAAAAGCAAGAACCCUGGACGGCCGGAAUAGAUCCGCCGGCUGACUUUUUCUCCGGCCUCUGCCUCUCCCGCUUUUCCAGCUCCUCUUCUGGCAUUUGCGGUCCCCGGCUGUACCGAGGAAGGGGCCUCGUCUCCCGCGCCCUGGCCGCUGCUUGCCUUCCGCCGCGCCGCUUCUCCCGGCUUUGGCUUGCAGCUCCCUUCCCCAUCCCAGUGCGGGGGCUUCCUUUCUCUCUUCUCUGCCCUCCCCCCUCUCCACGCCCGCCGUCCAAGUCUGAAUCCCUCCGGCUUCUUUCUGAACUGCCGCUCUGCCUUCUCCACCUCUUGCGAGUGGUCUGGCUUCGUCCAUCCUUUCGCGCCGGUUCCUCCCUCCCUCCCAACGUCUCCUUGGAACGGGAUACACGAAUCCACACCCCGCCCUUUUAACGUAGGAGAAGCUCCUUUCACUUUAUUGCUCUCCCCCCCCUUUAUUUUUUUCUCUUUUCAAUAGUGCAGGUUCUCCCUUCACUUGUUCGGAUCCUGCCUGCUCCCUCCAAGAGGUUCCGUCUCUUCUCCCUUGGGUCACUUGCCAGCUUUUCCAGAUUUGCGGCUUUCUCCUGCAAUUUGACAGCCAAGGAAACGGGGGUAGAUGUGGGGAACCCCCCCACCUCCCCAUGCUUUCGAUGACUGACUGCCUGACCGUUGGUUGUUGGAUGCCCAGAGGAGAAAGUGGACAGCCCACUCAGUGAUUUCAUCUGAGAGAUGCCGGAGGUGGCCGAGAUAAUGACUUGAUGUUUGGUUUUGCCAUGGAUGGGUUGAGAUGCUUCAUGGUUGCCUUGGUCACACUGCUCCUCUAUUGCCCAGGUCCACCUUGGUGCACUGCCCGACACCUGGUGCUUUGGACAGGGUUCCCGGUAUUGCUGCCCAUCUUGCUGUCGGUGCCGGCAACUCUGACUUCCCCAGUAGCAGAUGACAUCUAUUUGGAGCAGCAAAACUUUUCUUCUCUUUUGCUGAGUCAAAGCCCUGUGGGCAACAAGACACACACAGCCUUAACAGAAAGCACCAGAGAUUCCAGGGCAAACACAGAGUUCCCAGAGUUGUCAUCACCACUAACCACUCCUUUUGAAAUGACCUCAUUGGACCAAGAAGGGGGGAGCAGAGCCUCAGUUCAACAAAAUGGACCAGCACUGGAUUUUUCAGUAACAAGCAAUGAAGCCAUCUUAAGUGACGAUAGUUUUAUUAGUUUAAUUUCAAAUGCACAACAAACUCCUUCACUGAAGUCUUUUGUAGAAGACGAUCAUUUAGGUUCCUACCCAAUAAAGCCAACUAAAGAAACACUACAGACGUUAUUGUUAGCACCUUCACUAGCUGUCUCCUCUUUGCCACUUGAUUAUGUGGGAACAUUGCAGGCAACAUCACAAAGGGCUGCCUUUGUCCCCCAUAUUUCUCUCCCGCACUUGAAGUCUUUUGAUGGGACGAGUAUUAAUCUGACUCCAUACAGAGACUUGCUCAUGCCUCAGACUGACUUACAUUCUGUUGCAUCAGAAACGGCAGAUGCAAGUAUUGCAAAAGAAGGGGAGAGUUUGCCAUCUUAUUUCUCUUCAGCUUCUUUGCUUUUUGAUACUACUGUAGAACAGUCACCUACAUAUCACAACACACAAAGAACUUACACAUAUCCUGAAGCUCACUAUAGUAUUAAUAGCAGUUUAACUGGAACACUGGGUCCAAAAUAUUCAUCUGUUGUAAGCAUUCCUAUUUCAUUAACAGGGGCAACUAUGUUUUCAACCCACUUUCUUUUUGUUUAUCCUCAUACCAUUUCCAACACAGAGGCACCUGCUUUCAAUACUCCUUUUAAUGAGAUGUUUUUUACACAUGAACUGUCCCAGAAAUUCUCCAGAAAUUCCGCAUCAAUUUUUCCCAGCUACUCAGAAAACAAACUCAGUGAUUCCAAAAGUCCAGUGCCUUUCACUGAACCAUAUACAUCAUGUUUGUACUGUGACUUAAUCUCGGUUUCUCCAGAAUCAUUUUUUUCAAUGCGACCCACAGAAAAUGAGGUGGGUUCAGGUGAGUACGGUGAGACACUCUCAUUCAUGGUCUCUGAUGUAAAGAGUGUUGCAACACUUACAUCAGAAAUGAGUGAUCUCUUCGACAUGCCUGAACCACCUCCUGAAAUCUUUGAUACUAGUUUUCCAUCAAGACCUGUUGUUUUACUUUCUUCAAGAUUUACUGAACUCUCUGAGUCAAAUUCUAUGGAAAUUAGCCUUAAAAGUAUAUUUACAUCCAUUUCCCCUUCCCAGUUCUAUAGCCAGUCUUCUGAAAUUAUAUCAUUGGAAAACAGUCUGGUUAAUUUCUCCUAUCCUGUGUCCGAAUUAGUUACAGUAGAAUCUAGUACAGGUGUUAUGGAAAAAUCAUUUUCGAAAGUGGCUACAAUUUCUCCAGAAUCUAUCUUCAUGGAGAAUGUGAGUAUGCCUUCCAUGACAAUGAGGAAUUCAAUCCUGCUAGAAACAUCUGAAUUUAUGCCGUCAGAAACAACACAUUUAUUUGGCACUGCACUAGAUUAUUCUGCCAUAGAAGAUUCAGCUAUCAGUAGGUCAGACAUAGUAUCCAGCCUUUCAUUCAGACCCUUUCCCCCUGAGCCAACUAACCUGUCCCAUUUAUCAUCUGCCACAGAUACAUCUUUUCUAACAAUGCCAAGUGAUUUAUCAACAUCUUUACCUCAUAUUUUGCCCACACUCCUUCCAUCAUCUGUGCUUUUUGACAAUUCAGCUGGAUGGAGUUCAGUUGAGCAACCAGCUAUUAACAUCACUAAUGUGGUGUCUUCUCAAGUCUCUUCAUGGCAAAGUUCAUUUUUUAAUUCAAGCUCAUCUUCUUUUCCAGUUACGCACAGUUCUGCAAUGAUGCCAUCAUCACAUUUCUAUAUGAACUCCUCAGUCUUACUAGAACCAACAUCAAUCUUGAUGGUAGAAUCUGAAUUUUAUUUUACCUCAGCUUUCACAGAAGCUACCUCUCACUUUGAGUCUUAUUUCACUAUUGAUACCAUGUCAACACAGCAGCUACCUGUGUCAGUUUCACAGCCUGUUUUCACCAGCAACAUCUAUGGGGAUAAUACACAUGUGAGCUUGUGGUUCACAACAUUGCAGUCAACCCCUGUCUUAACUUCUUCACCUCUUUUGUUAACUACAGCUAUCAUUGAAGAUAGUGGUGCUACUGCUAAUUUCAGUCCAUUUUCUUCCUUCCAUGAGAUACCUUCUACCACAGAUUUUUUAAAAACCACUCCUUAUACACCGUUGUCCACAAAUAUGAACAGCAGUGUAAUUUCACCUACUGGACCAAUGGUUGUAGAGACAUCUUCAUCUGUGAAUACUGCAGUUGAAUCUGAUGUUCUAACAAAAACUAGCAUGACUGAGCAUAUUAGUAUGACAGCUUUUACUGCCACCACUUCCAGUAGCAAAAUAGGACUUACUUCAGUUACCAGCAGCACAUUAAGUUCAUCUACAUCCUCUUCAACCACUAUCUGGACCUCUACACAGGUCACAGUGGCAACCAUUCCAGCUACCACAACUAAACAGCCUUAUGUUUGCGACAUUACAGUCCCCGAUAAAUAUUUGGUAACAACUGUGCUAGCACGGAAAUCUGUAGUACAAAAUAUCAGUGAAUCCAUCAAAGAACUCCUGAAAAAUGAAUUUAGGAGAAUGGUAGAACUAGAGGUGUAUACACUUUCUCCCAAAUUCUCUUUUCUGGUGACCUCGGGGCCUUUUGUUUACACGGCAAUUGCUGUCAUCAAUGUAUUGGUGAACAGCAGCCUUCUUUAUGGUGAAACACCUCUCAUUUCAUCGCUGCAACCAUCUCUUCCUGCUCCUGCUCUCCAGUUCCGAGUGCAAACUGUCCUUCAAUUUGUACCUCGAAGUAUUGACAUUGGGUUCUGUAACUUCAGCCAGCGCAUUGAAAAAGGACUGAGGUUUGCCUUUGAGGAGGUGAGAAAGCAUCAUCAGGAUAUUUCCAACUUCACUGUGCAGAUACUAAAUAUAACUCUGGGUCAGCCUAAAGCAGUGUUUCGACAAGGCCCUGUGCAAAUUAUAUUUGCCAUUCGAGAGAAGCGUGGGUUCCUGAAUGGGUCUGAAGUUAGCGAACUGCUAAGAAACCUGUCUGUAGUGGAGUUCAGUUUUUACCUGGGCUUUCCAGUGCAGCACAUUGCAGAACCUGUUUAUUACCCCCAACUGAACACAUCACAAUUGAUGAAAUCUUCCUGGGUAAGAACAGUUGUUCUGGGAGUUGUCAACCAGAAAGUUGAAGAGGAAGUUUUUCAGGCUGAGAUGGAACGAAAGCUAGCCCUUUUGUUGAAUGAGGCUACCGGCCGAGGGCGGAGAUGGAGAAGAGCAACUUUUGCUGGAAAGAACGUUGUGCAGAUGGUGAAUUUGUCACGCUUAGAGGAAGCCGACAGCCCAAUUAUGCUGGUCUAUUUUGUGGAAGAUCAAGAUGGGGAAAGACUCAGUGCUGCGAGGGCAUCAGAUUUGAUUAAUAGGGUGGAUAUCCAGAAGGCUGCCAUCAUCCUGGGUUAUCGCAUUCAGGGUCCAGUGGCUCAGCCUGUAGAUCAAGUCAAAGAACAUCCUCCUGAAUCUCAGAAUAAUCUAUGGAUUAUUGUUGGCGUUGCAGUCCCUGUAGCUGUGGUGCUGUUGAUAAUCAUAAUUUUAUACUGGAAGCUUUGCCGCACAGACAAACUUGAGUUUCAACCAGAUACCAUGAGCAACAUACAGCAGCGUCAGAAGCUACAAGCUCCUAGCGUAAAAGGCUUUGAUUUCGCAAAGCAGCAUUUAGGCCAGCAUAACAAGGAUGACAUCCUGAUCAUACAUGAACCAACUCCUCUGCCAGGACCAAUUAAAGAUACCACACCUUCUGAAAAUGGUGACCUGCCAAGCCCCAAGACCAAGUUAUCUUCAAAGCCUUCCAAGAAUGUCCGACAUAGAGGGAGAGUUUCCCCUUCUGAUGCUGAUUCCACAGUGAGUGAGCACUCGAGUGGCCGAGACACAGGAGAUGAGAAUGCAAGAUCUCAAACAGCUGCCAAUGACGUGAAACCUCAUCGAGUUAGCAAGCCUGGCCCUCCACAAAUCACUAAUGGAAUGGAGCAGCAAUCGUCAGCCUCUAUCUUUGAGCAUGUAGACCGAAUGUCACGAUCCUCUGAAAUCAGUAGAAGAGUCCCUAGCAAGAUCCAGCUGAUUGCUAUGCAGCCUAUCGCAGUGCCUGCAGCACAAAACCAACCCCUUUCGGACCGAGUUGCCGAAACCAACAAAAUUAAUAAGGAGAUACAAACAGCUCUGAGGCAUAAAUCUGAGAUUGAGCAUCACCGUAACAAGAUCCGGCUACGUGCCAAGCGCAAAGGACAUUAUGAAUUCCCAAUUGUGGAUGACGUGGUUAUCAUCGAUACCAAAGAACAGCAGCAGAUGUACCGCAAGGCACAGAUGCAGAUAGAUAAAAUCUUGGACCCGAGUGGCAACAUGCCAACUGUUUUCAUAGAACCCAGGAAGAGUUCACGGGCAAAACGAUCCCCAAAGCAGCGUCGGAGGCAUCAGAUGAAUGGAAGCCCAAUGGAUGCAGACAAGGACAGGCUAAUCACAACAGACAGUGAUGGGACGUAUAAAAGGCCUCCGGGUGUCAACAACUCAGCCUACAUUUCUGAUCCUGACCUUCCUGCAGAUCCCCAGACACCUUCUUCAACUGAAUUGGGAAAAUACUCAGGCCUGCCUUCCCAUGCUCUCCAGUAUGUCCCUCCUCAGCCAUCUAUUGAAGAGGCUCGGCAAACAAUGCAUUCUCUCCUGGAUGAUGCCUUUGCUCUGGUGGCUCCUAGUACUCAAGCAUCCAUCACCCAUCCUGGAGGGUCAGGAGGACAGUCAACAAGCACUCCUGUCCGGGCUCCAAGAGAUACCCCCAGCAGUCAGUGGGGGUCACCCUACAGCCAGGCUCACACAAGAUACAUGGAUUUUGGGAUGACUCCACCCUCAGCUCCAGGCCUGUUGCAGAGCAGGCAAAACCUUGGAUCGGGGUUUCUUCCAUCUGUUGAAUUAAUACACCCAGAUUCACAGCCAUCAGAUGUCCAGUAUUCCACUCGAGGCAUCUACCCAGAAGAAAUGCCAUCAGUGGCACGGCCACGACCAGUUGGAAGCACUGCAGGUUCUCAGAUACAGCACCUCACUCAGGUGGGAAUUGCUAGCAGAAUCGGAGGUCAACCAAUGGAGAUCCCCUCAGGCAGAGCAGGGCAUGGCCAGCCAGGGGAACAAGGGUGGCCCCCAUACCGUGGAGAGGAUGAAUUUGCUAGGAGAGAAGCAACACAUACACCUGGACAUCACGAAUAUUGCUCCUCACCAGUUUUCCAGAUGCCGCGGAAUUUGGCUCGACAGCCUUCAGCUCCACCUGUUCAUCUGCCAGCCAGCAACCAGCAGGGUCCAGGGCUUUGCUACAACACCAGCUCCACUGAGGACCUCCAAACAGGACAUUCAUCUGCCUCCCUCAUCAAAGCAAUCCGAGAGGAGCUUCUCCGCCUCUCUCAGAAACAGACCAUUGUACAGAACUUCCACAGCUGAUUUGUUCUGUCCUUGCAAAUUAGCCAAUUAUCUGCUUCCUGUGGAAGCUCGACUUGCAGGAAAAUCAGCAAGAGCCUGCUGUUCUUCUGUCAGAGGAGUAAACAUGUACAAUACCAGGGAUUCAUGAAGCAAGAGAAAAGAACUUUUCAGCUGCAGCUGCAGCAGCGGCCAGAGAGAUUUCUGUGAAUGAUAAAAGUUGGGAAGACUCAGCAAAUGUUUGACAGACAACCAUCUUUUAAACUUUCCACUUUUAAGCGUUUUGGCAUUAUAAUUGUACUUUGACUUAGGAGUGUUCUUUCGUAAUUCUGAUCUGGAAAUUCAUAUGCUGCAAAGAAGGCAGUACUACCCUCUAAACGACAGUCAUUUGAACAUGUGAGCCCUUGAUUAAGGGAAAAAAAGGCACUUCAGAUUAGUGGUAGUUCCUGAGUGGAAAUCUCCGGCUGUUGGUGGGGUGUGGGGGGUUAUAUACUUCUGACAUGUUUCUUUUCACAUACAAUGCAAGUGGUGUUGUUCCUGUGCAAACAAUUACUUUAAUUAGACCAUAGCGAGACAUUUCUUGAAGAAAGGACUUGGGAAACUUGCUAAACCAAGAGAAUAAUCAUUGCUUAAUAUUGCUUCCAAACGGAGCCAAUCUUUGAACUUUUCUUGUUGUUCUUCUGGUGCUGAAGCUUCAAAGUGUCCCUUGAUCCUGGUGUUUGCAAAUGUAAAACGAAGGCCUUUAAAAAGAGAGAGAGAGAGAGAGAGAGAGAGCAGUAUGAAGACACAAACGAAGGAUAUAAUCAUUUAUUCAGGCUGGGGAAACCAUUUAAUCCUCUUUUUAGAAAAUGUACUUGGCACUAAUAAGUUAUUGAUGGACAAGUAGCAGAUGGAUCAAUAAGUGGAGAGACACAUCCAGGGCCAUUUCACAAGUGACGCAGAGAACAUUAAAUGUGCAUGAUGAUGGCAUUAUUGUACAUGAAUUAUUUUCCUUUGGGCUCCCAAAAUCCAUGUGGGAAAUCUUAUCAUAGAUAAUAUUUAGCAGACAUGUGGGUAGCUCCAGGUUUUUUUGUUUUGUCUUUUCCCUUCCUUUGGAAGUGGAUGCUUCUAAUCUGAAAGGUUGUAAUCAUACAUGAUCGGUGAUUUAAUGCUUCUUGGUGCUGCCUAGAAAACUGAAUAUGACUUAGUAGUCAUUUUAAAGAGGGUCACUGGACUUACGUACUUUUCUGGAUCAAAAUAUUUGAACAUUUCAUCCUGAAAUGUUUUCUCAUAUAAGUAAAUUUCCUUUUCUUGAAAAAUGAUUGCAAAUAUAUCAGUAUAGACCCGCAGAUCCAAAGAUGUUUGCUUAAAUAGAGGCUUCACUUUCAGGAAGGUUAUGUAGCACAGAGGUGUCAAACUCAAUUUCAUUGAGGGCCGCAUCAGGGUUGUGUUUGACUUUUUGGGGCUGGGUGGGUGUAGCCAAGGUGGGCAUGGCUAGCUCAUCAUCACUCGUGUUGAGGGCGCCCACCCAAGGUCCGUUUUCACUGGCAGAGGGUUGCAGGAGGACAUUGCAGCCUCCUGAGCUCCGUUUUCGCUGGCAGAGGCACUGCAGGCCAAUCCUUCGCUGCUUCCAGGGUAGCCCCGCGGGCCAAAUCUAAGCACCCUGCAGGACGGACGUGGCCCACAGGCCUUGAGUUUGACACCCCUGUAUAGCAGUUUAAAAUGGUUUGUCAUAGUGAGCAAAUUAGGUACCAGAUGUUAAUAUAAAACUCACUUUCCAGUUGCAGCCUCUCUUGAAUUUUAUAAUGAAUGCCUAGGGCGUACUGUACCAGCUUAGACAGAAAGAAUGGCAUUCUUGCUGAGAAAGAAAAUGCAUGCUAACAAAUCUAAAACUGCUGAAAAGGCAUUUGCCUGUAGGAUACCUGGUACUGCACAUAUGGUCCUAUGAAUUUGUGCAUUUUUUUUUACUUUUUUAAAAAAGCAUAGCAUUUUCAGCACCCCGUGUUUUUAGGUAUACCUUUUGAAAACAUUCAGUGCACAACUGAAUGCGUCCCUUGUAAUAGCGCUUGAAGGUACUCUUGAGAUCACUUGCGAAAGUUCUUCUAGGAUCUGAGAUUGAGGCUAAAGUUUGGAUGGCUAAGCUAUUUGUUCAUUUGCCAAAGGUCAUAAAUGUAGAAAUGCUACCUGCUUUUUGUACAAGGAUAACAUAGUGGGAUAACAUAAUGGUUUGAGAUGGGCUGAACAGAAAGCCAGCCUGAAUGGUAUCAUAUCACCAGCAGUAGUUCAUCAUAAGCCACACUCUGUUUGGAUCUUAACGGAAGUGAAACUAACAAAAUUAAAAUGAUAAAAUUCUAUUUUAGAAUAACAAAAGCUUAAUUUCAUCAUUAGAAGCAGUCUCUGCAUUUGUAUGUGCUACUACUGACAUAGUGGUACAGGCCAUUCAGGCACUAGUUCUUACAGGAUUUUAAUUUUACUGUUUGUUGUGAGAUGUAAUUUACUGUCAUAUGGACAUUGCUUUAAUUAUAACCCACGUAAUAUGAGUGAAAGUUCUAACUAAAUUAUUUUAUUUGUUGGAGUGUAUUUUACUUCUGUUCUUAGAGUAAAUUAAAGCUAAAGCAGUGGCAUAAAGCGUUGUCUGAGUAGGAGUGUGACAUCAGUGCAUUUAUAUUCUUGUGGAUGCUAAUGAAUGG